AUGAAGUUCGAUGUUUUCGUCAGUUUCAGAGGAAUCGACACUCGGAGAACAUUUGUGAGCCAUCUUUGUCAUUCACUGUAUAAAAGAGGGAUUACUGUAUUCAAAAACGAUGAAGAGAGACCUGAGAACGAACUAGCUUCUUCUCAAGUGCUUCAGUCGAUUGAAGAGUCUAGAGCUGCGAUUGUGAUCAUAUCAAAGAUCUUUGCUUCCUCUGUUUCGUGUUUAGACGAAUUAGUGAAGAUAAUGGAGUGUAGAGAGAAAAGAUCCCAAGGAUCCACCGCUUCCUUGUUUUUUGUGGUACCAGUCUUUUAUUCCAUCGAUCCGUGUGAUGUUGUAAGACAAGCAGACAACCUUAUGGAGCUUGUCGGUGGAGAUAACAACUUGGACAAGUUAGAGAAAUGGAGAGAUGCACUGAGAAAGUUUACUCGGACAUUUGAUCAUUUCUUUGAUUGGGAGCAAGAUGACUCAUGCAUCAUUGAUAGAGCUAUCAACUAUAUCUCUCAACAUUUGUCUGCACACUGA